CCGCCCUCACCCGGGCUCCCCACUCCACGCCGUCAUGCCCUCCCUCGUUGGCGCGGACCGAGCUGGCUUGCGUCCAGGGCCCGCCCCCGGCCUCCCCCAACCCCUCUUCUCGAGGCCCGCAGCCCUAUGGCUGCCAAACUUCAUUUUGCUUUCCUGGAGCUUGCCUUCUUGGGGGCACCCUCUCCCUUCGCUCCCCACUCAGUUGCUCUCCCCCUGUCUCUGCAUCCCCUCCUCUCCUUUUUCCCUGCAAGGCCAGCUGACUAGGUGUGGGCACCCUGGGUGGGAGUAGGUUCCCACUGGGUCUCACUGCUCCCUUCCUGGGCUCCCAAGGGGAGCUUUCUGUGACUGCACCUUGACCUAAGAUGGCGUCUUGCACCCAGCUGGGCAGUUCUGGCCUGCGUAGGGCUGGGGAGGAAGGGCGGACUAGGGACUGCACAACUGCCCCCCUCUCAAACUAGAGGGGACAGUAGCCUUCAGGGAGGAGUAUCUUCGGCCGAGUGACCCAGCUUGCCCCUCACUGCCGUGCCCAGAGACUGCCAUCAGCAUCCCCGGGGACAGUUCAGUCUUCAUGUUUCACCCUGAGCUGCCAGCGGCUGAACCUCCUCCUGGGCAGGCUGCGCUGGGAUUCUGGGAUCAGGUGCUGCUCCACCGUGCCUCCUCCCUCCCUCCCAGGCAGAUGUGACAGCUGCAGCCUGGGGAGCUAUUCUUGCUUUGCUGGGGUGUUGGGGCCGGCCUGUGGGAUUUGGGAAGCCCAGCUGCCUGGCAGACCGUCUUUGGGCUAUCUUCUGUGCUGGCAGGGGCCGUUUGCAGGUAGUUAGAGCAGUCCUUGCCUUUGGAUAGUUGGGUUGUAGAAGUUCCUGUGGGCUUUGGUGGGCAAGCUUACUUGUCCUCUCUGCUUCUGGGACCCAUUAAGACCCUGGUGGAGCUGUUGACAGGUUAUUCUGUCUACGUGUGUGUGUGUGUGUGUGUGUGUGUGUGUGUGAGAGAGAGAGAGAGAGAGAGAGAGAGAGAGAGAGAGAGAGAGAGAGAGGGAGGCAGACAGACAGAGACAGAGAGACAAAGAUGCUAGGAUGCUAGGUAGAGUCCCCAGGCCAACUUGUGUCAUAGGUUUGACAUCCACCUCCUCCCUCCUUGUGUCCCCUUUCUCUGGGCCCUGUUGCCUCUCAGAGCCCUCCUCCUGGACUCUAUCUUUGCAACCCUCCCCAUCAAAUCUGCAGCUCCCCAUUUCUGGGCUCACGAUGGCCCAAACUUUUCCGUGUUACUUGGCCCAGGCUGUCUAGUGUUCGCCAGGAGCCUAACCUGAGGAAAGGUGUAUCCCUUUAGACUCAGGGAAUGAACAUCCCCAGUGCAAGGCCUGCCUUCCACAGUGGAGAAGCCUACAGGAGCCGCCAAUGGCCAUCUGUCAGGGUGUCUGCAGGCAGGAUUCCUCUGUGGGGUGGGGGUUGGAUGAAGCUUGCAGUCCCAUUCCAACUUUGAGAUUCUAUGGCUCUGACUUUCCUGGUGGAAUGUCAGACCCAGAACAGGGCUAGAGUGGUCUGUUUUCGCUCCAGGGUAGUGGUAAUGGAGAAGGUGGGGGCUGCCAGGAGGUGGGCUUUGGCAGAGAGGGGAGGGAUGAUGUGUUUGUCUGUCAGGUCUGACUGCAGAGGACAUAAAACACAGCUUCCAUGCAGCCUCUCUGCUUGGUGCUUUCCUGAAGAGGGGUGUGUGUGUGUGUGUGUGUGUGUGUGUGUGUGUGUGUGUGUGUGUGUGUAAUUUGCAAGGGUCACCCUCAGUCCAAUCUGUAUUAAGUCCCUCAGUCCCUGAGGGUAGUUGACCGUCACUUCCAUACCCCAUCCACCCUUCUUUCCCACAAGCCAGCAAGGGACAAGAUGGACCAAAGGAUCCUUGUCCAGCCUUGUCCAGCCUCUCUGGGUGGGAGGAAGUGAAGGUGAUCUGCCUUCUGGGGAGUCCUGGAUGUUCUGUUCGACAACAUUUAGUGGGCUCCCAUGAGGAAGGUUGCUUGAUGAGGCUCCCUGCUCUCUCCCAGGAUGUGGCUCUCUUACCGGUUCUGUUGGUGGUUACUCCAGUGGUUAUAUUAUUGCCCGCAUUGCUCCAGUGGCCACUACCUGUGCACCUGGAGAGUUCUGCUUCCCACCCCUGUGCCCCCAGGCCCAAAUUCUUUCCCAGAUUCCCUCAAGAUUUCUGUUUCGGGGAACAAGAUAGAAAGGGAGUCUUGGCACAGCCUUGCCUUUCAGAUGUGUAGAUCCUCUUCUGAGAUGUCACCAUGACUGCUGCAGCCCUUAGGAAGGGAGCUGGGAGCUCCGGGAGCUUUAAGAGCUGGCUCUGUGGGAGAGGCCAAGCCAGUUCCUUCUGUGGUUGGCUCUGCCUCCCAGGGCCUGAGGCAGGAGGGUUGCUGGGGCGCUUUGCCUCAUGAACACUUACUGCCACCUCCAGCCGCUGGCCUGAGGUCUCCUUACCACCUCCUCCCUGCUGAUGAUUGAGCAGGUCUGGCUGGUAGAAGUCAGAGCUGGAGUGGGGUCCUAGGGGCAGUUGGCUCCAGCUCCAUGUUAGAAGCCAUCUGCUUUCUCAGCAAGGCUGGGACUCUGCUGCUCCCCACCAGGGCUUUAGUAGUAAAUCAGAGGCGUCCCUUUCCCCUCCCCUCCUGUCCCCUCCCACCCUUGAGGUAGGGUCCUGCUCUGUAGUCAGUCUGGCCUUCAACUGAGUUUUCAGCCGUCGCCUCCCAAGUGCUGCAUUAUAAGGAAGUUUGUGUAAACUCUAAGGGUUUAUUUGGGGCCAUUUGUCUCUUUCUUUUGAAAUCACGGCUGCCCAGACUGGUCUCAACCCUUCCUCAGCUUUCUUACUUUUUUUUUUUUUUUAUUUCUUUUUUUUUUUUAUUCAUUUAUUAUAUAUAAGUACACUGUAGCUGUCUUCAGAUACACCAGAAGAGGGCAUCAGAUCUCAUUACAGAUGGUUGUGAGCAACCAUGUGGUUGCUGGGAAUUGAACUCAUGACCUCUGGAAGAGCAGUCGGGUGCUCUUAACCGCUGAGCCAUCUCUCCAGCCCUUCCUCAGCUUUCUUUAGCCUCUCUUGUAUCUAGGGGGACAUGCAUCUGGCUCCGUUUGUCUUGUUGAUUAUAGUGGUUUUUUUCCCUAAAAAAUGAGCCAAGUGAGUUCCAUUAAGACAAGUCUCUCCCUGAGAUCUGUGUGUUGUGUCCGAAUUACCUCCAUUUGGCUAGUGAUGUGGGCAAGAUGGGGUCCACGCUGUGUGUCUGCGUAUUUGUGCAGACAUGGACACCCAGCUUGCUUUGCAUGAGCCAGGGUCAGCGCGUUGUAAGCAAGGGUCCUGGAGUUAGGAGGAAGUGUCUGUCGAUAAGGCCUAGCUGUAGGACUUAACUGCUGGCUCCUGGGAUGUAUGGAGCAGCUGGUCACCAUCUUAGCCAAGGGUCAGUGAAUGUGUGGAUUGCUGUCCCUGCUGUCCCUAUUUGGGGCACAUGGGGCAUUUUGAAGUUUGGAAAAGCCCCACCCAUGUUUCGGUCUCUCUUAUAAAGCCUUGGUUUUUGUAAGGACGUUGCUGACAGUGCUUGGAAAUCUUGGCAGUGAGCUUCCAUUCUCACAAAUGGCUUUGUCAACAGGUUGUGCGAGCACCUUCAGUCCCUCGAGUUUGUUCCAGCUUUUUACUCUUACUCUGCCUUGAACUCCUCCGUAGAAUUUUCCCCCACCUUUGCUUCCGCUUGUCUGAGAUUUUAUUUGUUGGGCAUUUCCUGUGAGCAGGGCCCAGUGCCCAUGUUGAGAAGUACCCAACUAAUUAAUAAUUCAGGGUGCUGGAGAGGGAGGUCACUGCCAACCGAGAGGUCAGGGCAGGCUUCUAGGAGGAAGGGGCAGUAUCGAGGGCCUCAGAGCCUGGGAGUGGAGUUGGGGAAGAGCAUCGUCUGGGCCAGCUGCCAUGUGAGAAUGCUCACCCAUGCCGGACACCUGGGAAGGUGGAGGGGGCCUGGGAGGUGCUGGAGUCUUGGCUAAGGCUCCCCAGUAGUUUGAGGACUGGGUCCUUGUACUUAGUGACUCCCGUGUGUGCUCACGGAGAAAUGCCUGAGUCUCCCUGCAGGGCAGUGGAGGGAAAGCAGGCUUGGCCAGCUGAGCCCAGGUGGUGCAGGAUCUUGAUUCUUCAGUCUGUAGUCUAGGGCUUAAGAGCUCAGACUUGGGACAGGAAAGCAUGGGUUUGGCUGUGGAGCCCCAGGGGGUCUUGGCAACCAGGGGAAGGCAGAGCCAAGGUCCUCCAGUGCUGCUGCCGAUAGCAACGCCAAUGUGGAUUGCAAGCGGAGUCUCUGUUGUCCUGGUCUCUGGGAGGUCCCCACAUCCCCUGUUGUCCAAGCUCCCGGGCAGAGACCCUCCAGCAUCCAGAACAACCUCACAGGGGAUUGAAGGGAAGGCUGUGGUGGAAUGAUAGGUCCUUGCCUUGACAGCUCUGUCUUGCCUUCCUCGUCCUCCCCAGUACCAGGGAGAUGCCUAGAGGGCUACCCCACACUGACAGGUGACAGAUGUGGGUGCUGCACCACAGGAAGGAGACACAGGGCCCUCCCAAGCCUAACCUAGGGCUUUCCUGCUGAAUCCUACUAUGGUGGGAUUAUUUUUCAAUAGUGACUGUUACUCUGCACUGCCCGCUGUCUUUCUGUGGACCCCUCUGACUCCUCAGGCUUCCCGACCUUAUUCAGAUACAGGGCCAGCUUCCCAUUUUCUUUUUCCUAUGGUCAUUCCUAUUGAUCCUUCCGCUCUGUUUCAAAUGUCAAGGUCAUUUUCCGUUCUGAGCCUUUUAGCCGUCCUGUCUGGGUAAUGCAGAUGGAAUGGACAGGUGGCUGUCUUACGGCCAGUGAUGGGAGUAAGAUCCGGGUCUCCUGCUUCUAGCCCAGCGGGUUUUUUGGUUUUGGUUUGGUUUUGGUUUGGUGGUUUGGAGUUUUGAGAGUGUCUCACUUUAGCGGAGGCUAGCUCCAUUUUCAUGGCACCUUUCCUUUAACCUUCUGAGAUUACAAAUGUGAACUUCUAUACAUGGCCCCUAUGCUGGUCUUACCCUGGAAGUGGACACUAGUGCAGAAGACACUUCCGUUCUGAGAAAUGAUACUAGAAACUUAGGCUGGUGACUGCGGUGUUGAGAGGUCACACUUGUGGUUUUAACUGUUGGCUGAGUAUGGGCUGCUUCAUUGAGAUUGUCUAAGUGGCCAUGACCCUGAAGCAUGCCUUUUCUGUUUCCCCAAAGACUCUGGGAGGUGCCAGACAGUGUAACCUGCCCAUGCCAGCCAGAGGCAUCUGACACCUCAGGUGGCAGAAGCUAUGGAGAGGCAGCCUCCUGAUGGGAUGGGCCCCGUGUGAUUAAUACAGAGUCUGAAAAGGUGAGCUUACAAAUAAAUAAGGCGGUGAGGGGUCUAUUCUGAUUGCUUGAGUGUCCUUGAGGUGUUGAGUCACCCAAAAUUGCAAUGUACUUUCUGUAAUCUCUUACCUUUUAUAGACUAGGCUAGCCUUGAAUUCUCUGCUUUUCAAGUGCUGGAGGUAGAACUCAUUUAAAAAACUGUUUAAAUUUUAUUAUGUUUGGUGUGUGUGUAUGUUACACACAUGCAUGACAAGCAUGUAGGAGUCAGAAGGACACCUGUGGGAGACUUCCACUAUGUGGGUUAAAUUUAAUUAAAAAAAGUUAGGUGGUGGUGCAUACCUUUUAUCCCAGGACUCAGGAAGCAGAGGCAGUUGCACCUCUGAAUUUUGAGGCCAGCCUGGUUUACAGAAUUCCAGAACAGCAAGAGCAACAGAGAGAAACCUUGUUUUGGGAAAUAAAAAAAGAAAGAAAAGAAGGAAAGAAGGGAGAGAGGGAGGGAGACAGACUGACUGACUGACAGAGGCAGGCAAGUCUCUUUUGAGUUCAGGGCCAGUCUAGUCCACACAGUGAGUUCCAGGACAGCCAGGACUACAUAGUGACAGCAUGUCUCAAAGAAGAAAAAAAAAAAGAAUUCCAUUUAUAGGUUAAUGAAUGCAUAUAAAAGAUUUCCCUCUAAGGAUACACACCGACCUGUAUUCUCUGAAAAAUGUGACUUUGUUUGUAGUGGCAACAACAAAACAUAAAGACGUGGCGUAAAGGGGGAUGAGGUAGAACCAUAUUUUAUCCAGGAACUCUCGCAGUAGAGAGAGAGUCACAGUGUGGAGGGCUUCAUCCUCAAUAGCUGGGACCAAUGGGAAUCCAGGCCUAGGAGCCUGGCUGCUUAUGAGGAAAAAUAACCAGCAGAAACCAAGUGUGGAGCUCAAGACUGUGUGACCACAGCAUUCUUGAGGCUGAAGCAGGAAAACUGCCGAGAGUCUAAGGCCAGCCUGGGCUACAGAGUGAGACACUACCUCAAAACAAAAAGCUGGACUUUGUAGCACACACAUUUGGGCGGUAGAAGCACGAGGAUCAUGAGUUCAAUGGCAUCCUCUGUGUACCUAGUGAGUUUGAGGGCAGCCAGGGCUACUUCUGUUGAAGGAAGGUCCCUGAAAGGAAACCUCAGACAUGGGGCAGUUGCGUGCAGGUUUAAGAGAAGUCCUAACGUAGGCAGGGCAGGGUGAUUGGGGCAGGCACUGAGAACAGAUAUUGGAUGAGAUUUUGGGAGAGAUCUGCUAACACAGAAAAAAUCAUACCUUUGGAAAGCUUGUGGAUAAAAAAUAUGGAAACACAAGACAGCCAGAGAGAGAGAGAGAGCUUAGUGGAUGCACACAAACCUGGAGAUCGGAGUUCAAUCCCCAGGAACCCACAGGUGUUGUAUGCAUGUGCACGUGCCUGUGCCUGUGUGUGUGUGUGUGUGUGUGUGUGUGUGUGUGUGUGUGUGUGUGUGCGCGCGCGCGCGCGCGCGCAUGUGCAUCCUAGUACUUAGGAAAUAGGUAGGAGGAUCUCUGUAAGUUUAAGGCCAACCAACUCUGCAUAGACUGUUUCAAAUAAAACAAAAUUCCAAACAAAUAAAUGGUAAGGCAUUAAAAAAUAGAACUGACUUAAAGACUGAGGGCUAGAUGACUCAGUCUAUGCAGGAAGAAGCCUGGAUGCGGGGAAGGGUUGAGAGCAGAGGGGUCUUGCUUGUACUUAGUUCCCAGGGACGGUAGACAAAUCUCGAACCAGGAUGGGGAAAAUCACUCGGAAAAUCCUGCUGAAAGGCAUCACUGCAAUGGUUAGUCACCCAGAUUGUCCCCUGGGUGUUAAAGGCAUAACUAAAGAUCCAGCCAGGGGUGGAGGGCAGGUCUCUUAGCCCAAAUCUCUGAGAUCACCUGGAGAAGCCACACUCAAGGAUGAGUUUGCCAUCAGAAGGUCCUGCCACAGACAUAGAAGGAUCUGUGGAACUUGCCCUGUCUGUGGGCUCCAGCUCUGAUCCAGGAGCUCCUGAGGAAGUGGGUAGCAGCGAGCUGGGUGACAACGGAGAGGGGGCGUUAAGGAAAGAAACAAAGAGGUUGGAGAGAUGGCUCAGCCAUUAAAGGCUAGGCUCACAACCAAAAAUAUAAGGAAAGAAACAAAGAUUCCUUUUCCUGGUCACUUGGAGAUAAAACUAGAAGGGCUAAGACCCGGCAAAGAAAAGAACCCAGCAUGGAAGGAAGCCUGGGGCUUGUCCCUCUGCUGACCGGACCCACAGUUCCAGGCUUGCGCAGGACAAAAGGGGAAGUAGGGAGUCAGGCAGCCCCCCGGGGUUAGCACCUUCAGCUGCUGACAUUCGCUAGUGCCUAGCCCUAAGCAGUUUUGAGUUGCAUGCUUUUUCUGUAAACCAAAUGAUUCUCAUUUUACAGCCACUCAUAGGAGGUGCCCAGGAAGGAAUUGCCCCUUUUCAUAAAGUGGGGUUCAUUAUACAAUGGUCUGUGAAUAAGGGGAACUCUCAGGAAGGCCUUGUGCUGUGAGAGCCUAUAAAACAACUAUUCUUGACACCCUUAAGAUGAAGGGGAGCAGAUCAUUUUGAUAACUAUAUAUCAGUUUAUAUAGGGGGGCGCACACCAGGACAACCUGUGGGAUAUCUGUUCUCUCUGUCCACCAUAUGUGUCCUUGACAUCAAACUCAAGUUGUCAGGUUUCGCAACAGAAAUCAUCAAUUCCUGAACUACCUUGAUGGUCUCUCUGUUACUACUGUGAAAAACCAGGAAUUGGCUGUACAGCCCACCCCCACCCCCAACUCCCAAUGUCUUAUGGGUUGUGGUCCUGCUGGCCCUACUGACUUUGCCCAUAGUCUAGAGCAUGGGAGGGUCUAGACCAGUUUGGCAACUGGCAUUGCAAUGUCCUCUAAUGGUUUUAUUGCCAUAAACAGUGUACUUGUUGCUAUCCACUCAGAGGCCUGUGGUUCUCAGCCUGGCUGGUGGUAGUCUGAGGGCCCUGCUUGGUACUGGAGGCUCAUCUUAAAAGCCCAGUGAGGCUGGGCAGGGCCUCUGCAUUUCCUCCGGUCAACACCCUCCCAACCGCUUGGCAUCUUAAACCCAGUCUGGAGGUCCCUUGCUCCAGAUGCAUAGUGUCUCUGUUCAUCGCUGAAAGGCCUCCUGGAGGCCACUCGCUGCUGACCAUACAGAUGAAACCCAAGGACUCUCCCUGCACUUCAGGUGGAGGAUGGGCAACGAAUUGCCAGCUGUGGUCAGCUUGAAAAAAACAGGAAGGGGGCUUACUGGGGCUGGAUAGGGAAGCCUGGUCACAGGCAGGGAAUGCCGUGAAGGGAUUUUUGAUGGAUGUGACGCCUAAGCUGAGGUGAAGGGCAUGGAGUUAGAUGGUCAAGGGCAGAUUCAGCUCCAGAAGGCUGGAGGGCUGGGUCCGGCCAGGCUGGGGAAGCUGCAAUGUCCACAGAUGAGGGUGAGAGUCCUCAGCCCCCAGUGACAUCCAAGGAAGGUCAUUCUGGGGCACCCAGAAGGAGGAAGUCAGAAGCCAGCGUAGAAAUGUAGAGGUCAGGUGGGUGGUUGAGGAGGGUCUGCACGAAGGGCUAUGCUCCAAAGGGAGGGAGGGGAGGUGAUGGUGACUCCGCUUUCUGCGGAGUCCUGAGGGCUCUGGGGUGUUGCUUCCUGGGAGACACUGGAGCUGGGCCUGGGCCAGGCUUGCAGAAGGCGGCGAGAGCCUGCGUCAGAAGGCCUGAGGGGGGCGUCUGUGGGAUGGGUGAGGAAGGGCCGUUGCUUUCCUCGGUGCUGGCUAGGCAGCCCUGCAGAUGUGUGAGGGAGGCGGUGGUGACUUCACUGGGCUUGUGUCACAGGCAUCAGGCAGUCAUUGUUCUUGGUGUUUGGGGAUUUGAACCGGGAUGUCUGCUGCUUGGUGAUUCUUCCCAAAAUGAACUUUCAGGCCUAGCCCUCCACUCCCAGGCUGCUCCAUUUGGGUAAGCAUCACUGUCACCUUCUCAGAGUGUCCUUGGACUUGAGCAAAGCCGCCCCUCUCCGUCAGGGCCAAGUCUGCCAAAAGAGGAGGGAACAAUCUAGGACCAGCCUUUUUGGCAGAGCCACCCAGCGCUGAGGCAUCACUUUCCGAGGGCUUGACAUCAGGACCUAUGUUUAAGUUUUAGCUCUUGCUCACAAAGACCACGAUAAUACCUUCUCUGAAGCCCUCGCAGUCCCACAGCGCCCUCGAAGCCCCAGCCUGCCUCCUACUGCCCAGCUGCCCGCAAUGCCCUCCAGCGGCCCCGGGGACACCAGCAUCUCCUCUCUGGAGCGGGAGGAUGAUCGAAAGGAAGGAGAGGAACAGGAGGAGAACCGUGGUAAGGAAGAGCGUCAGGAGCCCAGCGCCACGGCCCGGAAAGUGGGGAGGCCUGGCCGGAAGCGCAAGCACCCACCGGUGGAAAGCAGUGACACCCCCAAGGACCCAGCGGUGACCACCAAGUCUCAGCCCACAGCCCAGGACUCUGGGCCCUCAGAUCUGCUACCCAAUGGAGACUUGGAGAAGCGGAGUGAACCCCAACCUGAGGAGGGGAGCCCAGCUGCAGGGCAGAAGGGUGGGGCCCCAGCUGAAGGAGAGGGAACUGAGACCCCACCAGAAGCCUCCAGAGCAGUGGAGAAUGGCUGCUGCGUAACCAAGGAAGGCCGUGGAGCCUCUGCGGGAGAGGGCAAAGAACAGAAGCAGACCAACAUCGAAUCCAUGAAAAUGGAGGGCUCCCGGGGCCGACUGCGUGGUGGCUUGGGGUGGGAGUCCAGCCUCCGUCAGCGGCCCAUGCCAAGACUCACCUUCCAGGCAGGGGACCCCUACUACAUCAGCAAACGGAAGCGGGAUGAGUGGCUGGCACGUUGGAAAAGGGAGGCUGAGAAGAAAGCCAAGGUGAUUGCAGUAAUGAAUGCUGUGGAGGAAAGCCAGGCCUCUGGGGAGUCCCAGAAGGUGGAGGAGGCCAGCCCUCCUGCAGUGCAGCAGCCCACGGACCCUGCAUCUCCCACUGUGGCCACCACCCCUGAGCCAGUAGGGGCUGAUGCUGGGGACAAGAAUGCUACCAAGGCAGCUGAUGACGAGCCCGAGUAUGAGGAUGGCCGGGGCUUUGGCAUUGGAGAGCUGGUGUGGGGGAAACUCCGGGGCUUCUCCUGGUGGCCAGGCCGAAUUGUGUCUUGGUGGAUGACAGGCCGGAGCCGAGCAGCCGAAGGCACUCGCUGGGUCAUGUGGUUCGGAGAUGGCAAAUUCUCAGUGGUGUGUGUCGAGAAGCUCAUGCCCCUGAGCUCCUUCUGCAGUGCGUUCCACCAGGCCACCUACAACAAGCAGCCCAUGUACCGCAAAGCCAUCUACGAAGUCCUCCAGGUGGCCAGCAGCCGUGCAGGGAAGCUGUUCCCAGCAUGUCAUGACAGCGAUGAAAGUGACACUGGCAAGGCUGUGGAGGUGCAGAACAAGCAGAUGAUUGAGUGGGCCCUUGGCGGCUUCCAGCCCUCUGGUCCCAAAGGCCUGGAGCCACCAGAAGAGGAGAAGAAUCCUUACAAGGAAGUUUACACCGACAUGUGGGUGGAGCCUGAGGCAGCUGCUUAUGCCCCACCCCCACCAGCCAAGAAACCCAGAAAGAGCACAACAGAGAAACCCAAGGUCAAGGAGAUCAUUGAUGAACGCACAAGAGAACGGCUCGUGUAUGAGGUGCGCCAGAAGUGCCGAAACAUCGAGGACAUUUGUAUCUCAUGUGGGAGCCUCAAUGUUACCCUGGAGCACCCACUCUUCAUUGGUGGAAUGUGCCAGAACUGUAAGAACUGCUUCUUGGAGUGUGCUUACCAAUACGAUGACGAUGGGUACCAGUCCUACUGUACCAUCUGCUGUGGGGGGCGCGAAGUGCUCAUGUGUGGGAACAACAACUGCUGCAGGUGCUUUUGUGUGGAGUGUGUGGAUCUCUUGGUGGGGCCAGGGGCUGCCCAAGCAGCCAUUAAGGAAGACCCCUGGAACUGCUACAUGUGUGGGCACAAGGGCACGUAUGGGCUGCUGCGGAGACGGGAGGACUGGCCUUCUCGACUCCAGAUGUUCUUCGCCAAUAACCACGACCAGGAAUUUGACCCCCCGAAGGUUUACCCACCUGUGCCAGCUGAGAAGAGGAAGCCCAUCCGGGUGCUAUCUCUCUUUGAUGGGAUUGCUACAGGGCUCCUGGUGCUGAAGGACCUGGGCAUCCAAGUGGACCGCUACAUCGCCUCCGAGGUGUGCGAGGACUCCAUCACAGUGGGCAUGGUGCGGCACCAGGGAAAGAUCAUGUACGUCGGGGACGUCCGCAGCGUCACACAGAAGCAUAUCCAGGAGUGGGGCCCAUUCGAUCUGGUGAUUGGGGGCAGUCCCUGCAAUGACCUCUCCAUCGUCAACCCUGCCCGCAAGGGACUUUACGAGGGCACGGGCCGCCUCUUCUUUGAGUUCUACCGCCUCCUGCAUGACGCGCGGCCCAAGGAGGGAGAUGAUCGCCCCUUCUUCUGGCUUUUUGAGAAUGUGGUGGCCAUGGGCGUUAGUGACAAGAGGGACAUCUCGAGAUUUCUUGAGUCUAACCCCGUGAUGAUCGACGCCAAAGAAGUGUCUGCUGCACACAGGGCCCGUUAUUUCUGGGGUAACCUUCCUGGCAUGAACAGGCCAUUGGCAUCCACUGUGAAUGAUAAGCUGGAGUUGCAAGAGUGUCUGGAACACGGCAGAAUAGCCAAGUUCAGCAAAGUGAGGACCAUUACCACCAGGUCAAACUCCAUAAAGCAGGGCAAAGACCAGCAUUUCCCUGUCUUCAUGAAUGAGAAGGAAGACAUCCUCUGGUGCACUGAAAUGGAAAGGGUGUUUGGCUUCCCUGUCCACUACACAGACGUCUCCAACAUGAGCCGCUUGGCGAGGCAGAGACUGCUGGGCCGAUCGUGGAGCGUGCCAGUCAUCCGCCACCUCUUCGCUCCGCUGAAGGAAUAUUUUGCUUGUGUGUAAGGGACAUGGGGGCAAACUGAAGUAGUGAUGAUAACCAAGUUAAACAAACAAAAAAACAAAACACAAUAAAACACCAAGAACGAGAGGACGGAGAGAAGUUCAGCACCCAGAAGAGAAAAAGGAAUUUAAAGCAAACCACAGAGGAGGAAAUGCCGGAGGGCUUGGCCUUGCAGAAGGGUUGGACAUCAUCUCUUGAGUUUUCAAUGUUCAUCUUCAGUCCUAACUAAAACGCAGGAUAGGCCCCUCCCCUUCCUCCCCUCCGGUCCUAGGAGGCGAACCUUUUGUUUUCUACUCUUUUUUUCAGAGGGGUUUUCUGUUUGUUUGGGUUUUUGUUUCUUGCUGUGACUGAAACAAGAGAGUUAAUUGCAGCAAAAUCAGUAACAACAAAAAGUAAUGCCUUGGAGAGGAAAGGGAGAGAGGGAAAAUUCUAUAAAAACUUAAAAUAUUGUUUUUUUUUUUUCCUUUUCUAUAUAUCUCUUUGGUUGUCUCUAGCCUGAUCAGAUAGGAGCACAAACAGGAACAGAAUAGAGACCCUCGGAGGCAGAGUCUCCUCUCGCAGCCCCCGAGCGGUCUCAACAGCACCAUCCCUGGUCAUGCAGAACAGAACCCAACUAGCAGCAGGGCGCUGAGAAUACCACACCAGACACUUUUCUACAGUAUUUCAGGUGCCUACCACACAGGAAACCUUGAAGAAAACCAGUUUCUAGAAGCCGCUGUUACCUCUUGUUUACAGUUUAUAUAUAUACGAUAGAUAUGAGAUAUAUAUAUAAAAGGUACUGUUAACUACUGUACAUCCCAACUUCAUAAUGGUGCUUUCAAAACAGCGAGAUGAGCAAAAACAUCAACCUCCACCUGGCCCUCUGUGCAAAGGGUUUCAGCCCAGGAUGGGGGAGGGAAGCAGCUAGAGGGUGUCGUUUUUUUUUUUUUUUUUUGUCCCUCUUGGUUUUUAACAAACCAAAGGAGGAACCAUAUUGCCCCCACCCCCACCCCACCCCAUGCCUAGCUUCUCCUGCCAAAAGUGGGGCUCAGCUGAGGUGGUCGGAACCUGGGGAAGCGGAGUGUGGAAUUUAUCCAGACUCGCGUGCAAUAACCUUUGAAUAUGAAUCUAAAACGACUGCCUCAGAAAAAUGGCUUAAAAAAAAAAAAAGUUGUCCCUGAUUUUGAAUCUGUCAGCCACAUUGAAGGCCCCCUUGUGGGAUAAGAAAUAAUCCAGAGUGAGGGAAAGUGAUCCGCCAUUAACCCCACCUGGAGCAAAUAAAAAAACAUACAAAACGUACUGGUGCUUUCUGUCUAAGUUGCCUUUUGUGUGUUCUUUUAUGAGGCCCCCCACUACCCCCUGUGCACACGGCAGCUCCGGUCCUGGAAUGUGAUGUUUUUGGUCAUCUCUAAAGACUGCAGUUUCAUACUUGGGAGGCUGAUGACACCUUUAUUAUAAUUAUUCUUAUGGUUCUGGCUAUAAUUGUUCAUUUUAAGAUUUUCUUUGAGAAAACAAAAACCCAACACCCUUCCCUUUAGGUUUCAAACCAAGGUGCAGGGGGGUGGCAGGUGCUUUUUUUUCUUUUCUUUUUUUUUAAGGACCAGUGGCUCUGGUGCCCUGGCUUCCACCCCUCAGGCCAGGUGGGCCACUGGGCAGUACAGCACCAAGCCAGGCAGCCAGGGAGUUCCAAGGCCCGCCCUCCGGGCCGUCAUUCUUCUCUUCUUCCCUCCUCGUGAGUCCGGUGUGUCAGGGCUGGAGGGAGGCCGGGGCAGCCUCUCUCCUUGUGUGCGUGGUUGGAGUGGCGUGUGUUUCUUUUCUAGUGUUUGGUCCGAUAGCUGUGCUCUUACCUUGAGUCAGCUUCACCUGGGGCCUGUGCGCUCACACUUUGUUCUGCUUCCUACCCAGGGCAGCCUGGCAUUGGCCGUGGGAAGGGAAGGUGUUGUUGGCCCCGGGGUGAGGGCUUGUCUGGAUGGAUGGAGUGUAGAUAUGUGGCAUAUAGAGAUAUAUAUUUUAUAAUGGGAGGGGGGACGGCACCUCCUGAGACCAGCAGAGGCUGGGAGGUGUGCUGUCAAGCACAUGGUCCCGAGACCGCAUCCCUAGAAAGAUGGGGCCUGUGAUAGGCCCUGUAUAAAUACAUAGAUAGGGUCGUGUAUAAGAAAUUUACACAGUGGGGGUUGGAGGGAGCAGGCUCUGUGUUGAGCCUGGGUCCCUCCCGCAGACAGCCCCACAAACAGUAUAUCAGUCUGACACAUGCACAGGGACUUCUCUCUGUCUGGAUGCACACCAGGGAGCUCCCAGCACACUUCUCCCCAGGGUCAGGAUGCUGGAGUCGCUCUGCAGCUCUCACACAUCUGUUGCCCUGAUGACAGGUAGACUCGAUCCCAGAAGUUGCUAGGUGCUGAAGUCAGGAAAAGGAGGAGGUUUGAUCCAAGCAGGUGCUUCCUCUAGCAGGUCUGUGUUCUAUACCCUUUGCCCCUGGUGAUGUCAAAGAUUCUUCUGUUAGCAGCCUGUGGUUACUGACCUGCAACUCUAGGCACCAGUCAAGUCAGCCCUCGACUCCCCCUACCUAUUCUCCCCAACCAAAGUCGAACUGAAAUCUGUCUUGGCCAUUGGUCUUCCAUUGGGAACAUAAAAUAUUAAAAAAAUUUAAAAUGGGACAGUGUACCUCACUUUUGGAGUAAAGCAAAUCAUUAAUUAGUGUUAGAACUAAACAAAGGCUUUGUCCCCUUGCUCACUGCUCAGGAGUAAGCUUAGCUGGUGGCUUGGUAACACCUCUUGGGCUGUGUGGUCCUGCCCACCUCUGCUCAUUUUCUCUGGAUAGUUUUAAAAUGACAGCUAGUUUUCCCUGCCGUGGCAGGUAGUGACUAUGGGGCUGGGGCAUCCAGGAGAGGGGAUGCUUGCCCACUUGGAGUCCCUAUACUAAAUGUGAUAGCUCCCCUGCUCCAGCAGGGCUCCAUUCUGACCUGGAGUCCACCAGCACCAUGCAGGAGGACUGGAGGGGAGGAAGGCUGCUUUAGGCAGUCUAAGGUGCUCCCUCCCCAACUAGCAAUGGCAAGGUCUUCCCAGCUCCUGUCAGGACUGUCUUCAAGGUCCUCCCACCUCUGCCCACUGCUUAUGUGAAGAAGCUAGCCUUCCCCAGGAGCCUCAUGCCACCCCAGCUGGGCCUGGUGCUCCCCAAUGCCUGGGGUUAAUGUGAGGGCUCAGGAAGAGGGGUCUCUGUCAAUGGAUGUGGCAUUCUCAAGGGACUGAGUAGAGGCUCCCAGGUGGCUGGCCGAUACUGACUUGACAAGUUCCCUAAUAGAUUCCCAUGGGGCCUCUUCACUAGCUUUCCUUCCAGCCCAGUCUUACCAUAGUGUGUAGGCACCAGUCCAGUUAGCCCCCAAUAUCUUUUGGGGAGGUCUUUGUGACUGCGCCUGCUUGGUCUUCAUCCAUCUCUACCCCAAGUGGGGCUUCUAGGGUCACCUCCAAGGAGAGCUCCUAGGAUGCUGUGGUAGCUGAGCAGAGGCUGUGGGGAGUUGGCAGAGCAUGUAGGAGCUAGUUCACUGUAGGUGGAAUUGAAGCUGGAGUCAGGUCAUGGGAUGGGAGGAUCCCCAAAGGUUCCCCGCGGGCUUUCCUUUCCAAAGAAUAGUCUUGUUUCCCCUAGAAACUAAGGUGCUGGGGGACUGAGUGACAGCCACCCCUCUGCUGGUGCUGUGUGAAGUCUCACACCCAAGAUCUGUGUGUGGCCCUUGCCAGGGGAUGUAGCUGGUGCUAGUGCCAGGGUCACAGAACCAAGGCCUCCUGAGGAGGCACACAUGCUAGCGGGGUCCCAAGCUGGUGCUAAUUCCUCUCCACAGGACCCAGAAGCCUGGGAGCCUGCAGUAAGCUGAUCCCUGCUGUGAACACCCAUUAGAAAGCCAAAGUCCCACAGGUAGAACCACAGGCAUAAAGACCCCUGUGGCUUUUGGCAAAUGACCAGAAGUGUGGAUGCAGAAGCAACAGGUAGAGUUGGUGGCCCUUGCGGGCCAACAUCAAAAGCAUAUACCUUCCCCAAUAGCAUCUCUGUACUGGAGAUGCUGUGGUCAUCACAUGCUGGUUUAGGAAUUAGUCUGAGCCACCUUGAAGAAAUGUGCUCACAAGAAGAUACAGAUUAUUGGUUUCUCUAUUUACUACGCAGUUUGUCCAGAGAGUAGAAGCAAAUUCCCGGGCUUGUCCGGUUGGUGCAAAGCUGCUGUGACACUAUAGGGUCUUCAGAACCGGUCACUGUAGGGGUCCUGGCUGUGAGCUGGGACGGUGUGACCAUUGCAGCUGUGUUUCCAAGCAGGCCUGUGUUUGUUUGCAUCUGAGCUUGGCACUUGUGAUGAGGUGGCCGUGCUCACUUGUUCACUUGGCAGAGAACAGCCGAAGCCUGUCACCCUGUGAUGGUGUGUGGAGUUUGUGGCCCUUCUGAUUGGUCCUGUCCCAUCCGGUCGGUACCCAUGCUAGGAGCAGUGCUGGUUCGGAAGAACCCCCAAGGAAAGGACUCGGGUUGGUCAGGGUCAUUGUGAGCUCGCAUAUGUUUGUGUGGAGAAAGCCGAGGUCUUUGGGAGGAAAGGCCUUGUCCUUUCAGGCUUCCAAGACAACAGCUAAGGUUGGCCUUUGGUUGGAGACAAGUCUCUAGGCCAGACACUGGAGUUUCAGCAUUGAGACCAAGAGGUAGGCCAAGAUCGGGAUGUAUGGAAGGCCGUUGCUGGUAGGAAGGCACAGCUUCUCUAGGGGACCCCAGGAACUCCUGUAACUGGCUCUCCCAUUGGGAUGAACCCCAUUUGUGGGCUCAUAAAGCGGCCUCCUAACUCCACCCAGUCCCCGAGCCUGAGGACAUGAGCAGUGGUCUAAAGUCUCACCUAGUCCCAUUUUACAGACUAAUUUGAUUGUCCGGCCCUAGAAUUCUAUAGAAACAACAAUAAUGAAAAGUUGAAAUUCCUUAGAAUAUGCAGAGGGAGGGGAUGACUCACACGGUGCUAAACACAUUUUAUUAAAAAUAUAUAUUGUUAAAUUAAGUCUGCUGUCUGGACAAUGAUGUUCUGUUUUGUUUUCUUGUAGUGGAGUUUAAAAGAGACUAUUAUUUUACUCUGAUAUAUUAUUAUUAAAAAGGCAUUUUAACUUUGUACUUGAAAACUAAGUGAACGAUUUCACGUGUUUUAGCUGAGGCAUCGAAGUAUCGGGUGCUUACUUGUGGGAAAUCAUGUAUUCAUACUACAAAAUAAACUCCGUGGCUGGUUUGGUAAUAACUUUUACUGUUACAGACGAUUUCGCUUUGACCCCGGUGGCAGAGCACUUUUACUCCACAUUCCACGCAGCUAAGUGCAGGACCUUCCAGAACCUUCCCCUAGUCCCCCUCGGUCCUCUUUCCGUUCCUCUUCCUAUCUCUCUCUUUUCCUAUUUUUUCUUUUUAAAUUGUCGUUUGUUUUCCCUGGUCCCAGCUUCCUUCUACCACUGUAUUUUUUUGUUAGGGUUGCUUCUCUAUUUAUUGACAGUAAUACUGUACAUUUCACAGUCUGGUUCUGGGGCAGCCAGGAGGGGUGUGGGGGGCUGCGCACAGCUUGCCGCACCAUCCGGUGUCCCGUUGUAUCUCUGUGUACGUGAUGCUUGUGACAUAGCUGUUGAAGAAAUAAUUAAAAAGGUCAAUGCGUACAGCAGGUGUAGACAGUCCGUCAGUUCCGCUUUCAUCACUUUUCUUUUUCUUUUUUUUUUUUUUUUUUUUGUGCCCAGAAGAAUAUAAUAAAGCUCCUUUCUAAUGUACUUGUGCUGGAGAACACUUGAAUAAAUGGACUGUUUUUGUGCAAAAAGAAAAAUGGAAAACGAAAAGCACCGUCAUAAUGUCCUUUUGUCCUGCGACUCCUUUCCCCUGAUGUGACAGCUCGCGGUCCUCCAGUGGGCUGAAGUGGGUGUGCAUAAUAUCUGGGGGGCGUCUGGGGAAUGGAUUUCUAACGCAGCUCUCGAGUGGGUGUUAACUAGGGGCUGGGACCCAAGGGCAGAGGGAGUUUGGCUCAAGAUCAAAGAGUCGGACAAAGAUGAAGUUGUCUGGUUGACUUCCAGACACAGCAGAUGUCUUGAGACCAGAACAGGAAGCAGAUCAGCAUCCUGGUUAGGUGGCAGGAGAACCAGUGGGGACUUACCGAUGCCAGGCUCAGAAGGAAGAAGUGAGGAAAGGAGGGAGACAGCUGGGCCCUGGGGGAACCCUAGAAGAACCUCGGGUUUAAAGGCAAUCUUUGCCAACACGUGACAGGUAACCCAAGGGCUGGGGCCAGUGGCCAACAGGCUACUGCUGGUCUGAGUGUAGGCUCUCUGGCAGGGCCUUAUGGCCUGAGGUGUUAUUGCCCAUGGUGUCUCUGUCUCACCUUUCUAGAAGGUCAGUCUGAAUGCAGAGUCUGUCUGUCCCCCAUAUCUCCGGGAGUAGCCAGUAGGCUUGGCCUGGGUUUCCACUCCUAAGGAUUGUUCAGGCUGUCUCCUCCCCCAGGCUUUUGGGCGGGUUUGGGAUAGCAGACACACUGUGUGGGGAUCCUUGAGCAGAUGGGGAAAGCUCGGCUAGACAGGUUUUCUCAUGGGCACUUUUUCUUGCUUUUUUCCCUUUGACAAGGUUGUAAAUGUAUAUUUGGCUUUUACUCUACUUCUUUUCUCGAUGUUUUUCAAUGUUGAUGUGGAAUCUUACUUUCAAAUGGCUGCAUGGUAUUUUCUUGUUGAAUGUUUGUUUAUAUAUAUUUUAUUUUCGCUAUAAAUAGAGCUUCAAUAAACAUCUUUAUGUUUUGGCUUC